AUGGUUUCCCCUCGAGCCGCUGGCAUGAGCGCUCUCUGGCGGUCUAGCGUCCGCUUGUCACCUCUACUGAGGUUGCCCGUGUCGGCUCGCUAUGUAUCAAUUCCAUCUUCUCCGAACUCCGACUCUCCUUUCCGCCAAUCUACAAAAUCCGACCUUUCUACGUCAAAUUUACUAUACAAUGUCCCUUCUGGACGGCCAUCUUCCGCGUCUUUCUCGACCUCUCCCUUGCUAUCCGAGUCGGAUUGGGACCAUAACCCGAACCUAGCGAUCUCGAACUUCUCCGAGCUCCCAUCGAAGGACUUUGGUGUGAAUCAGCAUAUGAUUAUCAACCAGGAAUUCAAAGAAGCUCUUCGGCAGAUCCUUUGGCAGUUCCGGGCACCUAUCCGAUAUGCGUUUGCAUACGGAUCAGGUGUCUUUACGCAGACUGGUUCCGCCGUAGCCGGUUCAACACAUCCAUCUCCCCCGGCAGCCAUCAAGAAAAUGCAGCAGGGCUCCGGAAAAAUGAUUGACUUUAUCUUUGGAGUUUCAUAUACACAACACUGGCAUUCAUUGAAUCUUCACCAACACCGCGACCAUUAUUCUGGACUUGGAUCAUUCGGGUCAUAUUUGGUCUCUCAAGUGCAGGAUAAGUUUGGAGCAGGUGUAUACUUCAACACACACAUCACUGUUAAUGGAACCUUGAUCAAGUACGGUGUGGUCAAUUUGGAUACCCUUUGUACCGAUCUUACCUCGUGGAACACUUUAUAUCUCGCGGGUCGGCUGCAAAAGCCGGUCAAAAUCCUGCGCGAUCACCCAAAGGUCCGCUUGGCGAACCAGAUGAACUUGCUAUCGGCUUUGCGAGUUGCAUUGCUGUUGCUCCCGGAACGAUUCAGUGAGUUCGAGCUCUAUAGCACUAUCGCAGGCAUUAGUUACAUGGGCGAUCUCCGGAUGGUGCUUCCAGCGGAAGACCCAGGGAAAGUGCGCAACAUUGUUUCCAGCCAGAUGGCCCACUUCCGAAGACUCUAUGCGCCACUGAUUAACAACUUGCCGAACGUCACUUUCAAUGACCCUCGCACCAAUCAGAGCGAUUGGAUCGACGAUCCGGAUGCUAUCCUAGCCAUGGUGCAAGAUAUGGACCCAGUGAAGCGAGGAAACAUGGUCCGCCGACUUCCAGAAGCCUUCCGUGAGAAAUUGUACUUCCAGUAUCAAUCCCGAUACCAGAUUCCGCGCCUUGAGUUCGACAAGAUGAUGUCAGAGCAAAAUGACAAGAACGCAGAAAUUGUUCGUCGGCCCGAGGGAGGUCCUUUCGAACGUCGGAUCGCCGCUGAUGACCACCUGCAAGAAGAGGUCUCAACAUCAAUUAUGAAGACUAUCCGCUGGCCCAGCACGGUUCAGACCAUCAAAGGACCUUUCACUGCGGGUAUCAGCAAGAGCUGGAACUAUCUAAAGGAAAAGCGAGAGAAGCACAAGAAGGCUCGGGCCCAUGAUAAGGCUCCAGUUGGCAAGCCUGUCACCAAGGGCACGAAGAAGGAAGAAUGA